AUGUCGUCUUCAUUCAUCGCUUCCCUCGCAACUGCCGCUCUUCUCUUUCAAAAUGUCGAAGGGCACGGCCAAAUGACUUAUCCAGUGGCCAGGGAAAUGUCGCCAGAGUACCACACAGCCUCUGGAGCCUUGGUCAACAUCAAUCUAAGCGAGAUGCAGAUCGCGCCCCUCGAAUUACUCUCGCAAAACAAGCAAGCCGACUUUCCACCGGCGCCAUGGUUCAAUUUAAUGAAUGGUUGCCGUGGGACUGUGUAUGAGGAAGGCAGCAAGUUUACGACCCUCAGUCCAGGCAAGGAAUUUGAAGUUAAGUGGACAAUUCAAGCACCCCAUCCGGGUACAUUAAAGCUCAGUAUUCUUAAACCGAGCACGGAUGCAAAAGGUGUAAUCACUUAUGAGAGUUACAAACUCCUUUCAGAGAUCAGUCCAUUCGCAGAAUCCGGGGGUGAUGGUAGCACAAGUGUCACGAUGCCCUCUGACGUUCAAUGCUCUGCACCCGGUGACUGCGUUUUUCAGUUUAAUUGGCACUCGGACAUCGCAAAGCAAACUUACGUGACGUGUGCUGACAUCGUCGUUUCAGGAAGUGGUGCUAGUACAUCAACUUCACCUUCUUCAGCAAAAACACCAACGUCCGCAACUCCUGCCAAAUCUCCUACUGCUCCUGCCGCGUCUCCUACCCCCGCAAGUCCCGCCACAUCUCCUACUCCCGCAACCCACCCGAGCGACUUGCUUGAUUUCCACUACAUCUUCUUCUUUUUAUAA